UGGAAAUAAGUACCUACAUAUCAACCUAGUCAGUCAAACAGUGGUGUUUUUAGACUAGUUCCGCCAUUAAAAUUGAGAAAAUCUUAUUGUUGUCAAUUAUAAGUUCAAUAAAUCACGUUGAUAAUGUUCAGUAGAUACUCAGUCUCGUGAAAUAUUUUUUGUUUGCGUUAAGUGUUUCUAAUGUAUCAUUUCCUGUUUCGUAUGGAACAGAAACAAGCCACUGCGACGGCUAUUGCUCCGUUUUCGUUAUCACGUGGGCCGAAUUUCGAAUUACGCCGCCUUGUUUGAUUCGUGAGGCCACGACUUCGUACUCCACAGAGAAGACAGUCCAAUACAGACAAUAAAGCCCGGCAUAAUAAUCAAAGCGUCUUUGUUUUUGCAGAAGCGCGCCGAAUCGUUCGACUUCUGUCAUCGGUUUCUAUCGUAUCAUGGAACCGGCGGGAGACUGACGCUAUCUAUUGAAAAUCUUGUGCAAUGUGUCAGUGAAGUGCUAGUGGAUUGAGUGAAGUGUGGUGUUGUGCGGUGCAGUGUCGUUACAUAAGGGCGGUUAUGGUGGCGGGGCGGGCGGCGUGAGGGCCGGGCGGCGUCCGGCGGAGAGCGACGUGUCAUGGCCCCUGCGCUCCCGCUGGCGCCCCGAGACGAGCCCGACGGUCACGACUCCCUUCGGCGGCGGGCGCUCACGUCCGUCGAUAACAUAGCGAUACACAUGGAGGAAGAUGACAUGGGCCUCCCCAACCAGCCGAGCCUCGCGAAAGACUCUCAAGAGAUGGAACAGAUCCUUGUUGAUUUGGGUGGUAGUGACUUUAACCAUCCAGAUUUACUCCAGGCCAUAAAAACCCUUGAGAGUGGUGGUGAUGUAUUAUCUACCGGAGAGCCUGAUGCUAUUUUUCCUCUCUCUGGUUUUGAUUUGACUGAAGUAGUUGAUUCUGAGGGUGAUAGCAUAGAGGAUAAGAUAAAAGCUACUCAGGCACGUCUUGAACGCCGUUGUGCUUUCCUGCAGAGGAGGCUAAGAAUACUGCAAACCCGAUCCAUCGGGAAGAGAAUAUCUGAAGAAGUGGUCCAAACAUUUGAGAAAUGCACCCGCGGAGCUCGUAAGGACAGUGGAGGUCGACCAAUGGGCUUGAAAGCUUUUUUAAAACGAAUAGAAACAACUGCAGCAUUACAAGCAAGUGCUGCAUCAAAGACUGUGGUUGGGCCAAAGUAUUACAAUGCAGGAACAUCAAAAAGUGAUCCAUCCAAGUCUGCAUCGAUUGGUAUUCCACCGGGGACUCUGGCAGGCUUGGAUGAUACAGCAGCGGCCCUGAGAUCACAGCUAACAGCAGUGAAGUACCAGCUUGAUUCUGAUGCCACUGCAUCUUCAUCAGGGGCAGAGAGUAAUGAUGAAGUGGUGACUUACAAUAAUCCACAUCAACAGCAAAUGCCUAUAGAAAAACGGGCGCUCUGGUCGUGGCAGAGAGCACGAGCAUCGAUCGCCUCGCGCUGGUGCUGGCUUCAGGCGCAACUACAAGAACUCGAGUACAAGAUACGGCAGCACAAUGAAUUGCACAAACAGGUGCGAGAAGCGAAAGGUGCAGUGGAAUUCGAAGGCGAGCCCGCGGCGUACGUGAGUUCGUUACCGGGCGAGCUACCUGAAGAUGACGACCCCGCCACGGAGACCUGUGCCAGAGUGCGACCUCUGCGACGGGACACCUUCAAGAAGAGGAAACUACUGCAGAUGCACAACUUGCAUUUGGCUACCCCGAAAGCCGCAAAACCUUCUGAUAUAAACUGCAGCUGCGUCCAGCCGAGCGAGAGCUGUCCGGUGUGCACGGGGCGAGCCGAGCCCGCGCUAGCGCCGCACUGCGCCGCGCUGUCCGCGCUCUCCGCGCCGCAGCGCCUCGCGCUCGCCGACCCGGCCUACCAUCCCGUGCUCAGUCACAUUAAAGACGCGACGGUGUCCCUGCACAUGUCGUCGCUGUGGUCCCGCGGCUGGAUGAGCGCGCGCCCGUCGCGCCCCGCCCGCGCGCCUCCCCCCGCCACGCACUCGCCGCCCAAGCAGCACCGCCGGCACACGACCAGAUUGAAAAGAGGCAGACCACCCUUAUCCAGGAAGAUAAGAGAAAGGGAUAGAGAUGAAGAAACCUCAAUGUCAAAUCAUGAAAGUUCCAGGUCGCGCGGUCGGCCCAGCACGGAGUCGCGGCGCCGCCAGUCCUACGACAUCGACAACAUCGUCAUCCCGCAGAGCGUCGCCGCCAGCACCCGCCCGCAGAUCCUCACCUACAAGGAGAUCAUCACGCCCAAGUGGCGAGUACUGGAGAUGCCGGAGACACGUAUGAAUAAUGGGGUUUCGAAAACGAAUAAUUCAAAUCGACUUUCUGUCGAAAGCGAGGACGAAGAUAUAUCGGACACGGCAGUGCAGGCGCGACACACGCGCGCCGAAACCCGCGAGAGAAGCCGCUGGGCGAGGAAGAACUCCAGACGAGCCGCCGCCGCCGCCACCGCCGCCGCCACCGCCGCCGCCACCGCCACCGCCGCCGCCACCACCGCGACCGACGCUCCGGCGGGGCCGACGUCGACGUCGCCGCGGCGGCAGGACCAGCUGCUGAGCCGAGACCAGAGCCCGGCGCCGGUCAUCACGCUACCUCCGCCACAGAGCCUCUCACCUGUAUUGGAGACAGUGAGACCAUACACGCCGCGACAUUUCCCUCUGCCGGACGAAGAUUACCACGAGAUGAUGUCCUCGAUGCCCGAAGGCUACCGCCACAGCAGCCCCGAGCCCAGCCCCCUCCCUCCGCCGCCCGUCGACGACGAGGAGACCAGCUCCUUGUCGCCCAUGUCGCCCAUCAUCUACGACGGAGACGAUCCCGACGACGCUGAAUGGGACCCGCACAGUGAUAAAACCGAGCGACGGAAAAAUGCUUUUAGGUGAAUUGUAAAUAUUAUAUUCCCUUAGUGUGUGAGCUCUUAGUGAUGUGUUACGAACGCGGUUGCACACGUUUCGAUAUGUAAAUCGGUCGAUUUGGAAGAAUUAUUUAUGGAAUAAAUUUUGCCAAUUUUAUUUGCGAAAUGAAAGCGUUUUAUGAGUGAAUUUAGUUUGUUUUCGAUUAGAUUAAACUGAAAAACGUACCGAUGUUGUGUUAGCUGGCGGCUGAAUCUAGGAAUGGUAAAUAUAGUGAAAUUUACUGUGCACAUGAUCGAAGAUGCAAAACCGGAUUAUUAACACAAAACAUGACAAUUUUAGUAUUUUCUGAGCUUCUCGCAAAUCGGUACAUGCGAUUAAAACAUUUUAUAGAUUUAAUCUCACGUUUAUUAUUUUCAUCAUUUUACAAUUGCUCUAAUAUUUCAAAAAUUUCAGUUACCAUGGUCCAUGAUUAUAAAUACAUAAACACACGCACAAACGCAACAGACAGGUAGGCAGCGGCUUGGCUCUGCCCCUGGCAUUGCUGAAGUCCAUGGGCGACGGUAACCACUCACCAUCAGGUGGGCCGCACGCUCGUCUGCCUACAAGGGCAAUAAAAAAAAAGACACGCGUUAAAUCGUAAAAAAAAAUUAAAACAAAUAUCUUAAUUAUUAACUUAUUACUCGCGCGUCGAUAGCGGCAGCUGCUGCAGUGACUGUAUAACAAGAUGCAUGGGGUACGGAACCUCAUAAUAACAUAACACCUACAAUUAUAAGGAAUUACUUGAUUGUCAACUUCAGUGUCUGUUGAGCUAUCAGUCCACGCUAUGCUAAGCAAUUCAGACACAGAGAGGUCUUUGGCCGCCAGUAGAGAAAGAACUAUACACUAUUGUCAUUUAGAGUCAAUUGCAUGUAAUUUAUAAUUUUCUGAAACUAAAUAUGCACAAAUUAUAUUUUGACUCCAAUGGCCUUUGGAUUUUGACAAUAACCCAGAAUUAUGCCUAAUCACAGUAAAAGAUUAGUAUUAUAGAAAUGCCUUUUGAGAAUGACUCACCGGUCAUUGAACUUGUGCUUUCAUUAUAUGCUGUGGUAGCUUUCUUUAUUGAAAGGUAUUUUGGUUAGAUACACUAAUAAUUGUUGUAUGAUUACAAUAACGAGUUUGAUUUGUUUUUUCUGAUUAAUUCACGUCAGUUAAUUUUUCCAAACCUGAAUUUUUGUUUAUUUUCACAUCAUUCAGUUCUCUUUCCAACACCAUUGGUUAUAACCACAUAACUUACUGGCUUAAUAAAAAAAUAGUUUGUGUUUUUAUAAUUCUUAGUUGUUUAUUAAUUGGUAAAUAUAUUUUUAUUGCUUAUUUAAAUACAAAGCUUCAGAUUCAAGAUCCCAGACAUACCAACACUUUUAGUUUUUUUUUUUUAGUCAAAAUUCCAUUUUCAACACUGCCAUAGGGAUGGCUAAUUUGAAUAAAAAGUUGCUGUCCAUGAAAUGUUAUAUUUUUGUUUAUUUCAUACCGUUUUCAUGUAUUUAAAAUGAUUCUCCUAAACAUUUAUGGAACAUUUAAAUUAGAUUUCAAUUUGUGUCUCUGAUCACUUAUUUAUCUAGUGAGUUGUAAAUAAAUAUAUGUUUUUGUGGAAUGAGUGUCUCGAAAGUUUGUUUUGAAAAAACGUUUUGUUACAUUCCCUAACUAUAUUAUUAGAUUUAAAAAAAAAAACUUGGAAGAUGUUAUUCGACAAUGUACAAUAAAUUUUAAUGCAGUAGAAACGUACUGAUUUAGUAUUUGAUUUGUUUUUUUUUUUCUGAAAUGUGUGUUCAUGAUAAUUUAGUUUAAGCGUUAGUUUAAGUAAAAAGUUGGCCCGUUGUUGCUGAGCGAUUGUAAAUAAAUUGUAUAAUACAGACUUAUAAUAAAAAAAAUAUAUAUAUUUGGACACUGAAUAACAACAGACUGGUUUGUAAAUUAACUGAUUUGAAUCUCUAAGAGAGUUAUCAAACUGAAAUUAUUCACCACUAUUUUGUUAACACCGUGUAUUUAAGAAAUUAUUUAUUCAUGCGUAUCGCACAUUAAAAAAAUUAAGUGACAUAAUAAAUUUUAUUGUCAUUUUUACCUAAUCAGAAAUAAUAGUCAGUUGUGGCAAUAAGUCUGCAUUAUGUUCUCAUCGUAGCUGUGGUAAAGCUUCAGUCAGAGUAUCAACUCUACCUUGUUAUUAAGGAGAGGAUUUGCAUUACUUAAAUAUAAGAUGGGUUGAUAUAACGUGUUUUAUUUUACAUUUUGCGGUUUUUAAAUCUAGUUCUUGCUUAAGAUAACAGAUAAAAAAAUAUUGUAUCUACAACUAAGUAUGAGCAUGAUGCAUACUUUAAACUGAACCGAAUAUGUAACGCCAACUUAUAUUCAGAAGGGAGUCAGUUGUAGAUUUUCCAUAGUGAAAUAGUUAUAAACAUAUUAUGUCGAAUAAACUGUGGCCAGAAUUGUACGUCAGCCAUGUUAGUCUUGUAUAAUAGCCGGCAAACUUCUUGAGCAUUUGUUGACGUAGUGGGGGUAAGUUCGCGCGUGGUACACUCAC